AUGCAAUACUCAGGUAAGCUCAUAGGUUCGUCUUGCAUCUGCUGGAUUGACAGCCUGAUGUCAUUCUGUUGUAGAGAGAUUACCGUGAAACAUCCAGCUGCGAAAAGCAUGAUCGAAAUUGCCAGAACUCAGGACGAAGAGACUGGAGAUGGCACUACGUCGGUGAUUGUACUAGCUGGUGAAGUUAUGGCUCAAGCACAGCCGUUCCUUGAGCAGAAAAUACAUCCCACCAUCAUUAUUCAGGCUUACCGCGCUGCUUUGGAAGAUAUGGUAAAACUUGCUGAGGAGAAAUUUAGUAAGCCUGUUGACAUCAACAAUGAAAAGGAGGUUACCACCGUUGUCAAAUCUUGUCUUGGCACAAAAAUGAUCAGCAAGUGGAUGGAUCUCGCUGUGCAAAUCUCGCUUGAUGCCAUCAGAACUAUCAAGGUAGACAAAGGAAAUGCUAGCGAGAUCGACAUCAAGAGGUGA